AGAUGACAGUUCAAUGGACAACCAGAAAGCAGAGACGAAAUUGAAGCUGAUGGUGGUUUUGGUGUAUUAAAGGUUAAACAUUUUAGAUGAAUAAGCAACUAUCCUUUAAAACAUAUUUUCAUUGUGAUUAACAUUGGAUUGUUAUUUUGACUGUCAAUUUGAUUGUCACUUUGACCAGAUAAUUUAUUCAAUAACAUAAACUGAGAUGGAUUCAAAUUGGAUUUCAAUGGAUUUUAAAGUGUAAAAAACCAGAAAAUAAAAUACAAAGUUGGACCUUGAAUUGCUAAGAUAAAUUUUCAAGGUAAUUUAAAGAUGAUUUGUACUUGAAAUGGUUCACCAUUUGAUUAAUUGUACUUAACGACAAGCAGCAAUCAAUCCAAGCCAAGCAUUUAUCACAAUUGAAACAAUAGCAAAGAAACGGACAAUAAAUUAAAAACUGGUUAACUUGAAUCUUGAUGGCAGUUAAUCAAUAAGAGUUUUUCAUCAGCUAAGCCGGUUAUUUAACAAUUUAACAAAUUGAUCUGAUUUUCUGGUUAGUUUAUCAAGAUGAAUCUUCCUAAACUGAUGGCAAUGGCAAAUGGUUAAUCAAUAUUUCUUGUAAAUCAAUUGGCAAGUCAAAGGCUGAUCUGUAAAUCAAACAAUUACAGAGACUAAUCUAUUACAGUAUUAUGAUUGUCAAUAUUAACCAAGGUUAAUUCAAGGUUAAUGAUGAAUAAUAAAUUUAGGAAGUUGAUUGAAUUUUAAUUUGCCUUGAAUUUUGAUGUUUAAACGUUUCGCUGUUAAUCUGUUAACUGAUUGACUUUUUCAGUAAAACUUGUUGUAUCUUGAUGCUAUCAGCUUAAUUUAUAGUCGAGUCAACUUUAACCAUUACAAUUACACUCAUAGCUGCACUUAAGGCAACAAAUCGGUCAAUUUGCUGGUCAGUGUAUAUUAAUUGUAAAGCAGCUCAUUGGCUUCUGAUGUGAUUUGAAAAAAAAAUCAUUGAGUUUUUACUCUUAAAAUGUUUUGUUUUGAUCUGAAGCUUGCACUGAUUCAUAAUUAAUUUGGGUUUAACCUGAGUUCAUUACUACCUCUAUUGAUUUCGAUGUCGAACUAAAUUAAAUCUAAUUUUUUGACAACAAGAUUAUGAUUUGAAUUGUUGAAUAAGGUUGAAAUUUUAGCUAUUUGGCUACUGUCUUCAACCAAAUGCAAUGUUAACUGGCCAAGAUGUAAACACACCAUUUUGCUGAGUCAAAUAAUGAUUUAACAAUAAUUUAUCUUGACGAUGAUGAUUAUUGUGGUGAUUAUGCUGAGAAGACCAUAAAAAAUGAACUAAAAUUCCUAAUAAAAUUAAAUUCUAUUUCCGUAAUAAUGGAAUGAGUGACUUUUCAUUUCAAUCUUUCUGUGAAUCAUUCACAAUGAUUUAAUACUUAUUGACUCCAUUUGCUUUAUGUUUGGGCCUACUAUCAGGCUAAUAUCCUUAUAUUUUUAUGAUUAAACAAAUUUAAAUAAUUAAACAACAUUAAAAAUACCAAAGACGGUAAUUUGCUAAUUGCCGCUCUUUUCAUUAAAAAUCAACCAAUUAUUUUGCUUCCCUCGCUUUUAUCUUGUGGUUACCUCAGCGGUUAAAGUUUAAGAAUAAACCUUUUCACUCUUCGUUUUAACUUGUGUUGCUUCGUGUUUAUUAUUAUUAAUUGUGACCAAUAUAUUUAUAUCCAUUGUUUGUUAAUUUAAUUAUUGAUCAACCUUAAGUCAUCUAUUGGACCUAAAUUAACCAGGCCUCACAAUAGGGUCCCAAUCAAAAGAUUACAGCAACGAGAAGGAGUCUGCCAGGGAACCUUCAGAAAUGGGUUACUCUGUCCAAUACUUCUCUUGCGUUAAAAUUUUCCUCGUUUUUUUCAAUUUCCUUCUAUGGUGUUCAGGGAUGACAUUGAUAGGAAUUGGACUCUGGUUUCGUAUCGAUCCAAAAAUGUACGAACCAACGCUGUACAUUGACACGGAAAAUUUCAUUAACGUUGGCUGGAUAAUGAUGUUUAGUGGAUUGGCGAUUGUUAUUAUAUCAAUUAUCGGAUGCAUCGGAACUCUAACAAAUUCAACCUGUAAAUUGGGCACAUACAUUUUCAUUAUGGCUCUUUUAAUUGGACUGGCGAUUGCCUGUGUGGUUCUUGCUGCAACUCAUGGUUUCGGUGAAAGACUGGAAUAUUAUGUAACUCAACAAGUUUUGAUUCAGAUACAGCAGAGGCCAUUUUCAGAAAGAGCUCGUGAAUUGCUUGACUUUAUCCAGGUUAAGUUGAAGUGUUGUGGAGCUGAAAACUUCAAUGAUUAUCAUCGAUAUGGAUUAGAAGUUCCUGUCUCAUGUUAUCGAGAACAAGCCAAUUUCAUCAAUCAAGAGGGUUGUGGUCGUGUUUUGGGACGAUUUUAUGAUUUAAGAGGAGGACUUGCACUUGGAUUGAAUGCAUUCACUGUAAUCAUUGAGUUUCUUUGCCUCAUUUUUGCACUUUCACUUUUCUGUGUAAUUAGACUUUCCGAUCUUGAUGAUUAAUAUUCCAAUUGAUUACAAUCAUCUCAAGACACUUUCACCAUUGGCCUGUCAUCCAUCCAACCGUCCAAUAUUCUGACAAGAUUAAUCAUUAGUCAAUAUGUAAUGGAGGCCUAUUUUUUCAAUCAAAUUUCAAGCCAAAUCUUCCAAACAUUCAAAUAUCCUUGAAUUCCAAGCUUAUAAUCCAUUCUAUUUUUCAUUUUGUACAUAUUACUAUCAUGUAUCAUGUAAUAUUUACAUUCAAAGCACAACAAGUGAAAUUUACAAGCCUUAGCGUUGAUAUGGCCAAAUGUAGUCUCAAGUUUGGUAUCAAUAAUGAAAACAAAUGGAAACAUUGUUCACAUUUAUAUUCAUGAUUGCUAAUCAUAAUGGUGAUUACUUUUUGGUUUCAUGAUUAGCAGACAAAAGUGAUUUCCCUGUGAAAUGGCAUCUUCAUCUCACCUUCAAAUCCUAAGGCUAUUGACUGUCAACAAGAGACAAUUUGACGAAUCUGGUUGUAACCCGAAAACCAGCAAGAGAAACAAUUUUUUCUCGGUUGUAUUGAUCAUCCGUGCAAAUCAUAACUAUGUAUUAACAAUAGCAAAUUCAAAGCUAAUAGUGAAUUUUGUCUGUAAAUAUUCCCAGAACAAGUAAAUUGUUGAUCAACAAUA